GGGGAGAGGAGCUCUGGGACAAGGCCGUCUGGUGGUGGGAUGGGCAGCGGGGGAGGGGGGGUACGUCCUGUGCAGAGCAGCAGCAGUGGCAGCGGUAGCAGCGGCAGUGAGGGACAGGCACGAGGGCAGGGCAUUGGGCGGGGCACAGGGCAGGGGAGGGGGCAGGGGAGAGGCGGAAGCAUGGGCCGGAUGCAGGGGGGGCAGCAGCAGGGGAUCAGAGGGGCGGGACGAGGCGAACUGCAGGGAGGCUUUGGAGAGGGUAUAGGGGCAGGGAGGCUGCCACCUGGGAAGGCUGUUUCUAGGGAAGGUACAGCUGACAGGGGGGGCGUGAGACAGGGGGAGAUGGGGCAUGGGGCGAAGGCAGGGUGGCCUCAACAGGAGCUUGUGCUGUUGGGAGGAGGUAUGGGGGCGUGGAACACGCUGACAUGGCAUCAGGGUCCACUUCCAGCGCUGCUGACUCAGCACCUGCAGAUGCUGACGUGUUCAGGGCGUUUAUCCUGGGCCGCCCAUAUGCUGACGUGGAGGAGCGGUUUGAGAUGGAGGGGGAGGUGCUGGCACGGGGGGAGUUUGGGGCGGUGCGCGUGUGCGUGGAACGGGAGAGUGGGGAGACGCUUGCCUGCAAGAUGAUUGACAAGCGCAGCAUCCAGUCCACCGACGAGGCGCGCAACCUGAGGCGGGAGGUGGCGGCCAUGGAGGUGGUGUCAGGGCAUCCCAAUGUGGUGCGCCUGCAUGCCGCAUGUGAAGAUGAUAAGAGCAUCUUCCUGGUGAUGGAGUUGUGUCGGGGCGGCGAUCUCUUUGACUUCAUGCGGCAGUACGGCCGCCUGCCCGAGUCCAUGGCAGCCCCAGUGUGCCGGCAGCUGCUGCAGGCGCUGCACCACUGCCACACGUGCGGCGUGCUGCACCGCGAUGUGAAGCCCGAGAACGUGCUGCUGCUCAUGCCGGGCAGCGUCAGCCAGAUCAAGCUGGUUGACUUUGGGAUCUCCACAGACGUUGAGCCUGAUGCUGCCUCGUGCAAGCUGUACGGCACACCCCUCUAUCUCGCCCCAGAGACUCUGGACGGCAUCUGGGGCCCUCCAGCUGACGUCUGGAGCACAGGGGUUCUAGUCUAUGCAUUGUUGUCCGGACUUCCCCCCUUUUGGGCCGCUUCAAAUGAGGCCAUUUACAGUGCCAUCCGCACCAAAGCCCCUCGCUUCACAUCUGCGCGCUGGAAGCAUGUGUCUGAGGGCGCCAAAGAGCUGCUCCAAGCCAUGCUGGUGAAAGACCCCACUAGACGGAUCACAACAAGCCAGGCACUAGCACAUGAAUGGAUUCGGGAUACAGCAGGUGCUCCACAAUCUCCCACACUCCCUCCUCCCCGUCUCCUCUCACCGCAUUCAUCAUCCAGCUUCUUUUCUGGGAGAACCCUCGAUAGUGAGCCCUCUCUCUCCUCUCAAGCUUCUGUUUCCUCCGAGCCUUCAGUCGCCUCGGAACUUUCUCCCUUGCCAGGAGGUCUGAUGCGAGAGCCGUCACUGGCUUUAGGCUUACUUUGAAUCAGACCCGCAAACUUAGCUGUCAUUAGCACUUUUACAUUUUAGGUUCA